UACUUUGUCGGGCACGGAUAAGUUUUUAGAUUGAAACUGCCGAUUGAGAUUUAUUUCUACAACGCAGAAGUGUUUGAACAGGAUUCGAUUGACUGAUGGAUUCCAGGACACCAGAGAGCUGUCUGCAAUGGAUACGAGAUGAGAAGAAAAUCCUUGACAGUUUUGACUAUGGGAGCUGUUUGCAGGGAUCCCGUAAUGCUUUGCAGGGUCAGGGACGCCGGGAUAGAAUGAUAAACAGCUACAAGGCGGAAGUGGAGUCAGUCAUUGAAAAUAACCAGAAUGACGCGAGCCAUGAUGCUGAUGCUAUCCAAGAUAAAUAUUCGGAAUUGUUGAGCUUAUCUGCUAAGACCCUUUCUUGUUCCGAGUCAGUGUUGGAAAUUACUAAGUUUGAAGAAGUUAUAAACGACUUAUCACACAGUUUGGACAGUAGGGCAAAUGAAUUAGCAAGGGCAUCAGUUAGUAUAAGUGAAUCCUCCGAUGAAUCGAUUCCAAACAAUGACACAAUGUUGCGAUCUUCACAGAGAUGUAUAUUUGCGAUAAAGAACAACUGGAAUUGGGUUUCAAAGAUGAUGAAAUGUAUGCAGACUCAUUUAGAUAACGCAGCUGCCUAUCACCAGUUUUUCAACGAAGCUAGUGAGUGUGAACUAUGGAUGGAGAAGAGUCUUUCAAGACUCUCUAGAACAUUCCAGCUGAUGCAAAUACAGGGCGACAGAGAGAGUGUGAAUAACAUGCUGAAAGAAAUAAAGGAGACUCUGACGGCCUACCUCCACUGGCAAGGAAAGGUGGACAGUCUUUUCCACAGAUGUGGUGACAUUGUUCCAGUAGACCUACGAGUGGAGCCUUUAUCCAACCCAAAGCCAGCAACGGCUCUAUGUUCGUACAAAACAGAAAAUUUCAGCAUUAUGGAAGGUGAAGAUAUUAUUCUCCUGGAAAAUGAAGACCCCAAGCUCUGGAAGGUCAGGAACUCUGAUGGGGAAAUAGGCGAAGUCCCUCCUGUAAUCUGCCUAUUAUCUACUGCUGAUCCCAAAGCCGUAGACCUGGCUGUCAGAUUAAGGCUACAACUACUGGCACUGUGGACAGGGAGCGUUAAGAGGCUGGGUAGACAAGUCAUCUGGUUUAUGUGUUUGGUGCUCAGGGACUGGGUCGAAGAAGAGAUCAAGCUACUGAAAUGCUUGCCAAAGAGCCAGAAAAAAGGAAAUAUUGAGAGUUCUUUCCUACAUUGA